AUGGUAGAACCUGAAGCAAGAGGGAUCUCGGAAGUUUUCAAAGCCAACGUCAUCCCUGGAGCAAACAACACAUUCCAGUUCGACGAGUUCACCGGCCACAAGCUGUGAGUUUUUUGUUGUCCUUUUCUCACAGGAUCUAUAGGGUCUUUUUCUUCUUCCUCUUCUUCCUACGUCUUUUUACCGCUUGAGCGGCAUCGGCGCCCAAGCCGAGGUCCUAUCCUGAUAUAAGUUAUAAUCAGUAAGCUAUUUCGAGUGAAAUAUCCGCCCUUGUGUGUGACGGCUAGGCAUUUUGAAGUCGUGGUUUCCCACUAUUAACAUUUCUUAAACCCCUUGGUUGGGUCGAGACGGGGAUCGAACUUGUGAUCCUGUGGACCGUAGACAGGCAAACAACGGCGCGUCCUCACAGGGUCUAUAGGGUAAUGGAUGGAUUUGAAUUUCCAUAUCUCUCAGUUGAAAGAGCUUCACACAAACUUCGUUAGACUGUUCUGCAAAAAAACAGGUGCAACGAUGACGAACUUUUCGAUUCUUUUUUUUUCUUUGAAAGUGAUGACAGUUUCGAAAUCAACUCAUGAUUUUUUCAGCCUCGUUUACGACUCCAGCCACAUCAGAAUAUUCAAGAACGAAGUCAAGAAAAAGAAAACUCCAAACGAUUUUGUCCUCGAAAUCCCGGUAGCGCGUCUUAGAAUAUUUUUCAACAAAACUUUUCAGUUGGCUUCAAUGCAAGCCUAUGGCUUCAAAGACCCUCACACCAUUUGGCUCAUGCUGAAUGAAUACUCUCGAUUGGCGAAAUUCAACAUGACCCUCGUUUUCUUCGAUUUGAAGUCCGCUACUGCUUUCCUCGACAUUCUCCACUGGCAGUACAGAAAGUUCAAUCCUACGGAGACAAAUGGGUAACUGGGAUAAUUAUGAAAUAAAAAAAGGAAAUAUUUGAGGAAAACGCGAGAAGAGAACGGAUACGUCAUUUAUGGACAUUCCACCAGAAAAGUGACUUCUCCUGGCGCAAACAGCAUGAGAUUCCGGCGCAGAUCAUCUGGACUGGCUCAAGAACCAAUUUAUGUCGUUAGAAAUCGCACUUACACUAAAGUUCGAGCUCCUGUUAAGAAGAAAAAUUUGCUCGGAAAGGUCGAACAGCGGAUGUCAACUUCGGUGUAA